AUGUCCAAAUUGGACCCAAAGUGUCAAUAUUUUGAGUGGCCACAAUACAGCACUCAGCCUUUUGUGAAUUACCUUCGCUCUGGGGAUGAGGCGACUGGGGGUCGUGGAUUUAACAUCCGGGACGUACCGGAUGAACAUGAGGUGACCUUGGUCUUUCCAGCGUUUAUGUGCCAAGGAGGGCAGCUCACCUGUGAGGAGGUGACCAACACUCGGCAUGGACACUUUAUCACCAUCCUCGACCUUUGUUAUUCCAGAGGGGAAGAUCCCCACGAUGUGGAGUACAUCUGGAGAGCUAUUUCAGACCUGGUGAAGGUCAUGGAAUACAACAGCAGUCUCAAUAGAUUGACUGGUUACACACCCAUUGGGAUACAUAAGGCUGAGCAAUUAAACGCCGAUCCCGUGGUCCUAGCAUCGUUUCAAACUCCACUUCAUUUCUUCUGCAAACAUUAUGGUGCCGUCGCCUACGAGGCUGGAGUAAACAACACAGUUGAGCCCUCCGUUCAUCUGUCCAUGACGCCCCACGGUGACAGACACCCCUCCAUGUUGACGUGCAGCGCCUACAAGUACUACCCAAAACAGAUCAGGGUGACCUGGUUGAGGAAUGGACAGGAAGUGCCCUCAAACAUGACUUCCUCUGAGGUGCUAGCCAAUGGCGACUGGCACUAUCAGAUCCACUCCUACCUGGAGUACACUCCCACGCCUGGAGAGAAGAUCUCCUGCAUGGUGGAGCAUGCCAGCUUCACUGAACCAAAGAUCCUCCACUGUGGUAAGGAAAGCCCUAUGCUGCUCUGGGGUUGGCGGGUGGUGGGACACAAUGCAGAUAGUCCGGUUAGCAAAUGUUCGGAGGCGCUGGUUGGUCGGCCCAAUUGA